AUGAGAUGGAUGCAAUAGUGAACACCAGCACGUCUCUCAUUCAGGAGGAAGAUGGACUGGCAUUCCUUCAGCAUGUCAAAACUCAUGGACUUGGAUUUCAGAGAUGUCACUUUUAACCCUGAUACAGCGCAUACUAAGCUCGAGGUUUCUCACGACAAACUGGAAGUCUGUUGGAGCAAACUUCCCUUUCCACAGGGUGAGAAUUCAGAGAGGUUUGAUUCCCAGUACAGUGUUCUGGCUGAAAACAAACUCUCAGAUGGACAGCAUUACUGGGAGGUCAUACUGUAGUUCAAGAGAAACCAUAUUGGCUGAUUGGAGUAGCUUAUGGCUCAAUCCCAAGGAAAGGGGGAAAAGGUUUUAACUCGACCAAUUUAGGGAUGAACAAGGUGUCGUGGUGUAUUUACCACAGCAAUGGACAGUACUUGGCCUGCCAUGAUUCCCAGGAGACCCCUGUGCCAUUUCAGGAGAGAGUGGAAAAGCUAGGCAUCUCGGUAGACUUCAGCAAUCAAGUCCUGUCCUUUUACAAUGCUGACACUUUGUCUUUGCUCCAUUCCUUCUCAGUUCAGUACUUGGAAGCAGUUUAUCCUGUAUUCAACCCUUGUAUAGACAUUAAUAACAAAAAUUGCCAGCCUCUCAUCCUGUUUCAUCUCAAGGAUCGAUCUUAAAGAUGGAAAGCCUCGAAGGAGGCUCCUGACUAGGAAAAAAAAAAACAGAAGGCAAUAAUAGUUGCUAUACAUAUGACCCAUUAAAGAACACAUGUUUGAGCCUAUGUUGUAUAUAUUCUGGAAAUUAUUUAUAGUUUUCAUUUAAUCCUUUAUUAGUGUCUGGAAAAGGCAUCUGUCAUCUCUUCUGACUCACCUUGAAGGACUAUACAUGGCAAGAGCGUUUUGUUAUCAAAAACUGACAAAUAAAUCCUAACACAACAGGCAUUCAUCCAGCCCACACUCAUUUUGCUUUGAGAAACUGACAUUCUCUCGGCUUCAGCUGAAGAAAUGUACAGGAUGCACACAUAAUCCACACAGUGUCCUCCUUGUAACAUGAAGGGCUGUUAGUAUUCCCAGUAACCUCAAUUCAUGGGUUCUGUCUACUUUUUUGUACAAGUGUUAGCUUUCUUUUAACAUUUUUAAAAGGUUUCUUUCUUCUUUGUGGUGUUGUAUUUCAUUUUACAAAAUUACAAAAA